GGGGCUGCCAGCCUGGCCCGAGCCCGUCAAGCGGCUCAUUGUCCCUGCCCCGGGUGUCACUCGGCGGCACCGGCAGCAUGUGGCACUGAGCGGGGCCGGCGGCGGCACCGGGCGCACGGAAAGUCCCCCAGGCCAUGGCAUCACCGGACGGAGCGAGCGGCGCGGAGGGUGGCCCCGAGGAGCCGGAGGUCAGCAUCACCCUGACCCUGCGCAUGCUCAUGCACGGCAAGGAGAUCGGCAGCAUCAUCGGCAAGAAAGGAGAGACGGUUAAGAGGAUACGAGAGCAGAGCAGCGCACGCAUCACCAUCUCGGAGGGGUCCUGCCCCGAGCGCAUCACCACCAUCACCGGCUCCACCGAUGCUGUCUUCCGUGCCGUCUCCAUGAUCGCCUUCAAGCUGGAGGAGGACCUGGGAGCAGGGAGCGCCGAGGGGGCCGCGGCGGGCAGAGCGCCGGUGACGCUGCGCCUCGUCAUCCCCGCCAGCCAGUGCGGCUCGCUCAUCGGCAAGGCCGGAGCGAAGAUCAGAGAGAUCCGGGAGAGCACGGGGGCUCAGGUGCAGGUGGCUGGCGACCUCCUGCCCAACUCCACUGAGCGCGCUGUCACCGUCUCGGGGGUGCCGGACACCAUCAUCCAGUGCGUGAGGCAGAUCUGCGCCGUCAUCCUGGAGUCGCCUCCGAAGGGGGCCACCAUCCCCUACCACCCUGGCCUCUCCCUGGGCACCAUCCUGCUCUCUGCCAACCAGGGUUUCUCCAUGCAGGGGCAGUACGGUGGGGUCUCUCCAGCAGAGGUCACGAAGCUGCAGCAGCUGUCGGGGCACACAGUCCCCUUCACGUCCCUGGGCCACCCACCCUCCAUGGUGCCAGGCCUGGACUCCAGCUCGCAGAGCAGCUCCCAGGAGUUCCUGGUGCCCAACGAUCUGAUCGGCUGCAUCAUCGGCCGGCACGGCAGCAAGAUCAGCGAGAUCCGGCAGAUGUCGGGCGCCCACAUCAAGAUCGGGAACCAGACCGAGGGCUCCAGUGAGCGGCACGUCACCAUCACCGGGUCCCCCGUCAGCAUCACCCUGGCUCAGUACCUCAUCACCGCCUGCUUAGAGACGGCCAAAUCUACCUCCCAGGUGCCACCCGGCCCUGGCUCCGUGGACCUCGGCGUGGGCUUCUCCCAGCCACUCGCCCCGGGCUCCGGCGCAGCCCUGCCUGCCGUGGCUGCCGCCCCGCCGGCCCUGCUGGGCACCCCCUACGCCCUCUCCCUCUCCAACUUCAUCGGCCUGAAGCCGGUCUCCUUCCUGGCACUGUCCCCGUCCUCCGUGGCGGGUGCCAACGGCGGCACCGCCACCUACACGACCAAGAUCUCGGCGGCCAACGGCACCAAGAAAGCUGACCGGCAGAAGUUCUCCCCCUAUUGAGCCCCUCCGCGGGUGGGUAAGGGGGGGGGUCCUGGGGCCACCCCAUGCCGAGGACACCCCCUGCCCGCCACCCUGUCCCCCAGCCCCUGCCAGGCACCCACCCCAGCAUCCCAUGCCCAGGGGAUGGCGCUCCCGGGGUCGAUGCCUGCUGGAGCAAAGGGUUUGCUCUGAUGCGCGUCCUGGCAGCACUGUGCCCCCUCUUCCCUCCCCCCCCCCCAAGCUUUCCUACAUGUCCCCUGGUAUUGGUGGGGGGCUGUCCCCAUCAGGGGGGCCACCCUCCCAGUGCCAGGUGUCCCUUGUCCUGUGUCCCUCGCCCUCCUGCCCAUGCCCCUGCCCACAAUGCUGCCCCUCUCCUGCCAUCCCUGGCCCUGUGGGCUGCACCUGAAGGCCAGAUCCUGCUGAUGAGGGGCUGCCUGGGCUCUCUAGGGUCCCCCAUCCCCUGGCUGUGUUGGGGGGGCCCUCCCCUGGCUGCCCUGUGGCUGUCGCCUCCCUCCCAGCAACCCCCUCCGAGAGCCUGCUGGCUUGGAAAUGCUGUAUAUAUAAGUCUAUAUUUUUCCUCCUUUGUAACUUAUCAAUGGUUUAAUAAAAAGAUAAAAUUUA